AUGUAUAGACGGUUUAUAGAUUUUUUGAUUUUACUUGUCGUCGUUGACGCUGCCUACGGUCUGCGUGUCAACCUGACCAUGUUUGACAAUUGUCAAGACGCAAAUCUUCCGUAUGAUGAUUUGGAAGUGGGAUUGACUAAGGUAACAUACGAUCGGGAUGGAGAUGGAGUUUGCAACACCUUGCACGCACAAUAUCACGUUAAGAAACCGAGCGACAACGUCGAGUGGGAACUGGUCAUUACGAGCUAUAAGUGUCCGUUAGGAAUCGAUACCGUUUGUUUAGAUAAUGCCGUGGAAUAUGUCGAGCCAAUGCAUUGUGAUCGGUUCCACUCGGACGACAGCGGACCGUGGUUCAUGCUGGCCAGUGCGAUGACCGAUGGAGAUCGUUGUGGAAGAUAUGAAGGCGUGUAUAAUUUGGAUGCAGCGGUGUUAAAGCUGGAUUAUUUACAUCGUUAUUUGGAACUAGGUAAGGGUACCUACCGGGUGCGUAUGUUAUUCCAUGUACCGAACACAGAUAUGGCUCAGAGGAACAUCAAAGGGUGCUGCGAAAUCGAUUUCACAGUAAUUGACUAA